UUUACUUUUGAAUUUUGUUCUAAUUACAAUAAAUCUGUGUUUUUCUGUUCUGGAAACUGAUGCCCUAAACCAGAACCUUAAAGCCAACAGAAAUUCUGGGACUGGCAGAAGCAGAAGCUCCAGCUCGAAAUCGAAAAAGCACUGAAAUAUCUGACAUGAGUCUCUAAAAUUAAAUUUUUAAUGUUAAAAAUUCAACUGAAAAUAAAAAAAAUUUUUAGAAACUUUUUGGUAUGGCAAGUAUUAGCCUCUGAAGAAUUCAGUCCAUUAAAGAACGCUGAUUCUGCUGGAAAGGAUUGCCUAAAAACGUGUUUGGCUGAUUUUAACGGAAUUAAUGGAAAAUGGAUAAAAGAGGUUUGUUUAAAUAUUUUGGAGAAGAAGAAGAUUUAA